AUGACUGGAUUAUGCGAAGACUUGAUAUCCUCCACUCUUCUCUACCCGAUCAUGAUUCCUUCACCUUCCUCAGACCGUUUAAGCACGGACUGCGUGUUGUUAGCCGCCACUGCUGGCCUUCCUUCACAUCACGACUUUGAUAAUCCACCUUUCUGA